AAAAGACAACUUUAUAUCGCAUCGCUAGCGUCUGAUGGCAAUCGAAAUAAACACUACCGGCAUGUGUGCAAAAAUCGCGAAAACUAACAACAUUCAUUUAAUUUAAAACGUGUGUGCUUUUUUGUUUUUUCUUUGAGAAAGAAUAAAAUAAUACAAGCCCCAUAAGCCAUGGAAUGGACAGAAGUAGAAUUGGAUCGCACAUCCCAGUUCCCUGUAGGGACCAUCCCCAGCUAUGAGGAUAUGCUCAGCAAGCCGCUCAACAAACAAGCCCUCUGUGCUGACUAUAUUGGUGGCAUCAUAAAUGACGGCCGUUGCGGUUGGGUGACACGCCGGAAUGCCGAAAGAGCCGAACUGCAAAUUUAUUGGCUGAAAAGCGGCGCUACCAUGGCCAAUUACAUAUUCUUGAAGAAUAAUAACAGGGUUGGUCAGGUUCGCUGCACCAUCCGCGCCGUCGUAGAGAUACUGACAAUUGAUGCAGACGUGUCCCCUUUGCUGGCUGUUGCCAUACAGACACCAGAGGGCAAAACAAAGGUGGCCAUCUACACGCCCAACUGUAGUCAGGUGUUGCGCUACAUUGAUCUUGACAUGGGUGGCAUCAACGCGCACACUUUGACCUUCGUGAACGCCAGCAUUUGCAAGAAGAGUUCAAUUCUUGAUAAAUAUGAUGGCUGCCUGGCAGUGGGCACCAUCGACGGCAGCGUGCUGCUAAUCGAUGUGAAGGCACAGCACUUGAUUGCAACACGUUGCAAAAGUGUUAACCUCCCAGACAGCCAGGUGCAACGCGGCGCCAUCAUUUGUCUGUCCCUCAAUCAUGCCCAUGACGGUGGACAAUUGGAUGCAACGCUGCUUAUCAGUCGCAAGCAGGACAAGCAUAUGGUGCUCAUUGUGGAAAUGCCGCCGAAUGUGCGGUCAUCCAUCAUGAACAUUAAAAUGAUUGACAUUAUUUCGGGAUUUGCUGCUGGCUUGCAGGAUGGACGCGUUUUUAUAUAUGAUCUGUGCCGUUUUCAUAUGGUCGCUGAGGUGGCCGGGUUGCCCGAAGACUCGUUCGUGGAUAUACUGGGCCUGUGCUACAUUCUGCCGCCGGAUGAUCCGCAGCCAUGCUUUUACAUAUGUGCCGUCUACAAUCAAUCCGAUUAUCUGAUGGCCUCCCUGCAUGUCGUCAAUUAUAGACGCUUCGGAUUGCCGGAUGACAAUUGUGAGGUGUUUCGCUCGUGCGACUUUCGAAACACAUCGCUGCUCAUUCGCCUCGUACUGGACACGGGCGAAUGUUCACUGAUUGGCUGCAGCACAGUGUCCACUAUCGGCAUUCGCGGCGACAAUGGCACAUUGCUGAUCGUCAUCAGUUGGCAGUCACAAGUGGACAGCAAAAACAAGCUGAUGCUCUUUGACAUCAAUCAGUGGUACAAGGACGAAAUGCCGAGCAGGCGUUCGGGCAGCAAUCCCAACUAUCUGUGUGGCCUUGAGCUAAACGGACGGCACAGCGGUCUCGAUCUGCAGCUAAACCCCAGAUCCAUUGUCCAUUUUAGCGCCCUUCGUCGCCACGAUGCACACUUCUAUCCCAAUGCACUCUCUUUCGAUUGUACCCUGAUGACGGUUACCGGCUGUCACCGCUAUGUGCAUGAUGGUGUCCAGAGACGUUUUCUGAAUACAAUGUACAUGCAGAAGGCAAAUCUGUUUCUCGAUCCACAGCCAUUUCUCGACAAGAUUAUCAAAUGCAAUUUGUCGCCACAGUUCUACGAGCACAAUGCGAAUGCUUCGCUUACAGGGCACGAUAUGUACGAGGUGAUACUUUCGGUGGCACUGGAGCAGGAUGGCAAUUCUCUGCUGUUUAGCUGUGCACGGUAUUGUUUGGAUGGCAGUUUUCUGUGCAACAUGUUGGGUACGACAAAGCUGACGCUGACCGUACUGACCAACUGGAUUGUGAAGCGAGCCGCGCACAUUAGGGGGCGUUGCUCGGAGCUGUGUCAGGGCCUGUUCGACUACGGUGGCUAUCCGCUGGACGAGUGCGAGCACAGAGAGUUUCAGGCGUUAAACGCACAGCUCUUUAAACUGCACGAGCUGCAGUCGUUCAUUUUUAAGCAGGGCCAAAAUCGAUUUGUUCUAUCUACGAUCAACACUCUGAACAAUACGAUGAAAACGCUAAGCGUCCUUUACGAAUAUCAGCGCUUGCUCUACUGGUUCAUUAAGAGUGGCAUCUUGCCCAUUAAUGGCAGGGAGAAUCAGCAGGCGUUGGAGCACAUUCGACGCAAAUAUGCGGAACGUCGCCACAAGUUGCACCAGAGCGAUGCUAAACUCUAUAUUGAUGAGCAGCUGAAGCGUAGCGGUUGUGCGGCUGCAUUGAAGCACAAUUGCCAGCAAGAGGGACUCUAUCCGCCGCAAUCGAUGCAGGCCCUGAUGCGCCUCAUCCUGCUGCCCACUGUAAGUUUGCUGAAUAAGCAUGAGCUAGUCCUCUAUCUGCUGCACGAUCUGGAUGAACUGGUGGUCGUGCCUCAAAACAAAUCAACGUUGGCUUCGGACUUUGCCACGGUCUUCGGUAUUGGUGUGGAGUCCGUGAAGCGAACACGCUGCUUUUGGUUUCUCGACAAUGACAAUAUUAAGCAAGCCAUGAAAGAUUUUGAGACUGGUUAUCCGGACUGGCAGACAGAGCUGCUGGUUGGGGUGCUGUUAGCGCAGGGCGCCAAAAAGAGUGCAAUGCAUGUGAUGAUCCGAAUGUCUGUCGACAUAUCCUCGACAGAGCUGCAGUUGAAGGUGUUGUUGGAGAACAACAACAUACCGAAGGCAUUUCAUCUGGCGCGUUCGUACAUGGACGCGAGGGGACGGCAACCGUUUCUGGAGUAUGUCUUCAAUCACUGCAUAUCCACGGGCAAGUUCAGUGUGCUCAACAGCCUUGCCAUGCACGAGACCGAGGAGCAGCUCCUCUAUCGCCUGUUGCGUCAAAGUAAAUCAACGUCGGCGAAUUGUGCACACUUAAUCAUGUUGUUGAAGCGCCAUAAUUAUAUUGAUGCCGUGUCCCUUAUAGAUGAUGGGGCGGCGGAACAACAACAACAUCAGGGCACCGAAGAUUACGACAGAUUUACAUAUUACAUGAACAGUUUUCUAACCUCCUAUCGCCGCUCGAUGGCGCCCAUAAAUCGAUCACUAACUGAUAAGUAUUUUCGCAUACGCGAUCGUCUGACUGGGGAUCGUCUGUGCAAUCUGUCGCCGGUGCCGCUAAGCUGCCAGCUGGCCGCACAGAAUACUAAAGGCAAACUGGGCGACAUCUUUGAGAAUGCCGUGUUGAGCUCACACUGGGCCGGUACAAGUUACCGGGAAGAAUCGCAACUGGGGCGACCUCUAAAUGGUCGCAACAUGCCAUUUCUGUGCAAACCGCUUCAGGGUCUUGACUGGCGCUUCAUGCAGGCGCCACUGUUGCGUUCCACCGCCUUCUCCACCUGUAGAACGUUGCCGCAGAAAGCGCAGGAAGCGCAUGCUCGAAAUAGCAAGCGCAAGCGAGGAGAAUGGGCAGAACAGGAGCGCAGAGCGCUGCAAGAUGACAGCUUGGUGGAGGCGCUGCUGCAACCGCCCUCCUAUUUGCAGCUGAAGACCAGUACUAUCGUUACAACAGCAACAGUAACAGCACAUCAGGAGCAGAGUCCGUUGACGCAGGCCAUCCUCAAGAAGCGCUUAAGCGUGCAUGCAACGCAGCCAUUGGAGAAGACGACAAAUUUUAGCUUCAUGCCGCCAAUUCCACUGGCCGAAGCCAUGCAACAGUACAGCGGGGACGAGGACAAUGAGAUGGAGGAGGAGAAGCACCAGCCAAAGUAUCAUUACCAGGAGGCGAAGAAGCAGAAGCUGCAUCAUCAGGAACAGCAACAGCAACAACAGCAGCAGCAGCUGUUGGAGGUGGAAGUGGAGGAAGAGGAGGAGGGUUUGGAUGAGAUCUUUGUGGAAAUAGACCAGCAGUCGGCUAGUCCUAAUCCGGAGCGCAUGGACACAGACACAGAAUCCAUAUACCUCUCACAGCCGGCCAGCUGCAAUGUAUCAUUUGCCGAUAAUAGCCAGCAGUUGACUGACCAGAAGCCAACUACAAUGGCACCACCAACUGGUCCACAGCCACGCAGUUCGCUGCUGCGGCACACGAGCAGCAGUGGCUUUGGAAGCUUUGCUACUGUCCAAAUGGGCAAUACGGGCUCGCUGCAGCUGACUGAAUUUGUGCCGCCUGUGUGCUCCUCGAAGAUGGGCUCCAGCUCGCAGGUGAAGUUCUCGGAGCGUUCCACGAUCUGUGGUUGUGUGGAUGAUCCAACUGUGUUGGUCUCACAGCCCGCUUGGUCGAUGCGAUCCGUGACGCAUACGGAAGCAGUUGAGCCGCCCUCUCCACAGAUGCUAGACACCACAUUGGGCAUGUCCAGUUAUGAUCUCACCGCAUUGGAGCCGGCAACAGAAGCUGAACCAACGGGGGCAACUAAGGAUGAGCCGUCGUCAGUGCGCACAUAUACAUAUGAAUAUGUGGUGGAUGAGCAACAGAACUAUGAAGAGGAGAUCGAAGUGGAUGUGGAUGUGGAAAAAGUGGAAGAGGAGGAGGAUAAUGUGAAAGUGGAACAGGAAAAGGAAGAGGAUCGGGAGAUGAGGGAGCAGGAAAUGAAAGAGUGGGAUUUGAUGGAACGGGAAAUUAUGGAGCGGGAGCUGCUAGAGCGCGAUAUAAUGGAGCGGGAGAUGAAGGAGCAGCAGGUGGAGGAACAGGACGAGGAUGUGGAGGUGGAGGAACAAGAAGAGGAGCAGGAAGAUGAGCAAGAUGAUGAACAGGAAGAGGAGCACAAGGAGGACGAGGACGAGGAGGAGGAAGAGCCAAUUCCAAUGAGCUACAUCCGCGUCACGUCCAGCUUUAACAUCAAUAGCGAACUAUUGGACUUAUCCUCGUCGGAAGUGGUGGCGCCUCGACCAGAUUCACCCAUCUACUCGAUUGCGGACUCCUCAACAACAUCACGUUCGCCCACGUCUCACACACCCACCUCAUUCCUGCCCAGCGACACGAAUGUCUCGUCGAGUCCACGUGGCGUGCAUGGUGGCGCUGGCAAUGGCUCCAAUCGAUCCCUGUAUCGUGCAAACAGUCUGGAGACGGUGGAUGAUCAGGACACCACCAAGGGCUCACUGGUGGAGGAUGAUGAUGUUGACUUGGAGGAUGACUGCGUUAUCGCACUCGAUGGUACCGAGGUGCGCGGCUAUGUGGCACGCCCGGAGCCAGCAGCCGCCACUGUCUUCAAACAACAGGAUGAGAAGGAAAACCAAAGUUCAACGGUCGUCCAUCCCAUUGAAUCCGCUGUAGAGACACUCCAAUCCAACGAAAUACUGAUUGUCUCCGACAAUGAGGAGAAUGAAGCGGAGCCCGUAACCCUCGUUCUGGUCGUCUCCGACAACGAAGAGGAGGCGGACCCGCAGCCGAAGGCGGAGGAGGAGCUCAUACCUCUCGCCGAUAAAUCUGCCGCAGGUAGCCCAAAACAAAAGACGGCCGACUCGUCGCCAGUGGCCGAACACAAUAUUGACUUGCGCUCACGUCUGCGCAGCCAAGAUCCACUUCCCAGUGCAUCAGUGAGUCCAAUGAGACGUAGCCUGCGCAACUCCAUAGAAGAGCAACCCACGCCUGAGGUGCGACUGUCACCAGUGACCACCCCAUCAUCAAGAAUACGUAGUCUUCGCAGUUCCAGUCGGGCCAGUGAUGACCAAUCCACGCCCGAAGUGCGUAAAUCAGUUGAUACUCCCUCAACCAGCAGGGGUCGCCUGCGCAGCGCUGAUGAUGCAAGUAAUCUCCCAGAGCGUCGCUUGCUGCGCGGUGGCUCCAUGCCAGCAACAUCAAAGCCUGUUCCGGUGUCCACGCCCAAGCGACACAAGCUACUGUUGCCAAAGCCAUUGGGUGGAAUUCAGGAGGAGGCAGAAACGGUGCGCAGUAGCAGUGAGCCGCCUGCAGCAGUUGUGGCCAAGCGUGGACGCAAACUGAGCGAGGAGCCCAACAGCCCAAUUGUGGCUGCAUCCGAUAGCGUGGAGCAGGCAGAGCUGCCUUUAGAUCCCACCGCUAAACCACAGAAAGGGCGCCCAAGACGACGUUCUUCCGAACAGUCUGCAUUGAGUGACCGCAUAGCCGGCCUGCGCAGCCAAGAUCCACUUCCCAGUGCAUCAGUGAGUCCAGUGAGACGUAGCCUGCGCAACUCCAUAGAAGAGCAAACCACGCCUGAGAUGCGACUGUCACCAGUGACCACCCCAUCAUCAAGAAUACGUAGUCUUCGUAGUUCCAGUCGGGCCAGUGAUGACCAAUCCACGCCCGAAGUGCGCGAAACAAUUGACAGUCCCUCAACCAGCAGGGGUCGCCUGCGCAGCGCCGAUGAUGCGAGUAAUCUCCGACAGCGUCGCUUGCUGCGCGCUGGCUCCAUGCCAGCAACAUCAAAGCCUGUUCCGGUGUCCACGCCCAAGCGACACAAGCUACUGUUGCCAAAGCCAUUGGAUGGGAUUCAGGAGGAGGCAGAAACGGUGCGCAGUAGUAGUGAGCCGCCUGCAGCAAUUGUGGCCAAGCGUGGACGCAAACCGAGCCGGGAGCAGACACAAGACAGCUCGACGCUUCCGUCUAGGAAUCUCCGCAGCAGACGCAACACCGAAGAUGCCGAUGUGGUCCCAGUUGAGGUGCCACCGUUGCCAGAUGCCAGUGUGCCCCCAAAAAAGCGUGGGCGACCAAAGAAGCUUACGUAAGAAUACGUUAAUGAUUACGUUAUAUUAACAAAGCAUUAUUACACACUUGCUCGGUAUACACUUGAAUUAUUUGAAUUAUUAUUUGUGUUGUUAGUUGAUGGAAUUAAAUGUUAUCUGAAUAAAUGAAAUAUUUGUAUUUCCAA